AUGGCUGAACACAGUGAAGCCGCAUCCACUGUGUUUUUUUCUGUCACUGCUUUUACGACCCAUCAGGUGGUGUGCAUCAACAACAUCAACUUCCAGAGGAAGUCUGUCAUCGGCUAUGUCGAGCUGACCAUUUUCCCCACAGUGGUGAACCUCAACCGGAUCAAGCUCAACAGUAAACAGUGCCGCAUCUACAGGGUUCGAGUCAAUGAGCUAGAAGCCCCGUUCAUCUACAAUGACCCCACGCUAGAGGUGUGCCACCAUGAGUCUAAGCAGAGAAAUCUCAACUAUUUCUCUAGUGCCUAUACAGCAGCAGUGAGUGCUGUGGACCCUGAUGCAGGACAUGGGGAGCUGGUCAUCAAAGUUCCCUCUGAGCUCUGGAAACAAGGAGAUGAUUUGAAGGUUUUAAAGGUGUACAUAGAAUUUUCCCUGGACCAGCCUAAAGGGGGUCUCCACUUUGUUGUUCCUGAUGUGGAGGGCAGUAUGGCGGAGAGAGGAGCUCAUGUGUUUUCUUUUGGAUACCAGAACUCCACCAGGUUCUGGUUUCCCUGCGUGGAUUCAUACUCAGAGCUGUGUACGUGGAAGCUGGAGUUCACCGUGGAUGCUUCCAUGGUGGCAGUGUCCUGUGGGGACCUGGUGGAGACCAUCUACACCCAUGACAUGAGGAAGAAGACUUUCCACUAUGUCCUCCCCAUUCCCACAGCGGCCCCUAACAUCUCCCUGGCUGUGGGGCCCUUUGAAAUCCUGGUAGACCCCUACAUGCAUGAGGUGACCCAUUUCUGCCUGCCGCAGCUGCUGCCGCUGCUCAAACACUCUAUGUCGUACCUGCAUGAGAUCUUUGAGUUCUAUGAAGAGAUCCUGACGUGCCGUUACCCUUACGCCUGCUUCAAGACUGUGUUUGUGGACGAGGCCUAUGUGCAAGUGUCCUCCUAUGCAUCCAUGAGCAUCUUUAGUACCAACCUGCUUCACAGUGCUAUGAUCAUAGACCAGACCCCACAGACUCGCCGCUGUCUGGCCCAGGCCCUGGCUCAGCAGUUCUUUGGCUGUUUCAUCUCCAGGAUGUCAUGGGCUGAUGAGUGGGUGCUGAAGGGAAUCUCAGGUUACAUCUACGGCCUCUACUUGAAGAAAACCUUUGGCGUCAAUGAGUAUCGCCACUGGAUAAAAGAGGAGCUGCAUAAGAUUGUGGACUAUGAGCUAAAGAUGGGAGGGGUUCUGCUGCACCCAACCUUCAGUGGAGGCAAAGAGAAAGACAAUCCAACUCCCCACCUCCACUUCUCAAUCAAGCACCCCCACACAUUGUCCUGGGAGUACUACAAGAUGUUCCAGUGUAAGGCCCACCUGGUGAUGAGGCUGAUAGAGAACAGGAUCAGCAUGGAGUUCAUGUUGCAGGUUUUCAACAAGCUCCUGAGUCUGGCCAGUACGGCCUCAUCCCAGAAGUACCAGAGUCACAUGUGGAGCCAGAUGCUUCUGUCUACUCACGCUUUCCUCAAAUCCAUCUCCAACGUCUCUGGCAAAGACAUUGGCCCGCUCAUCAAACAAUGGGUAGACCAGAGCAGUGUGGUGAAAUUCUUUGGAAGUUUUGCCUUCAACAGGAAGAGGAACGUGCUGGAGCUGGAGAUCCGUCAAGACUACACGUCAUCUGGAACCCAGAAAUAUGUGGGUCCCAUCAAGGUGACAGUGCAGGAGUUGGAUGGGUCCUUCAACCACACUCUGCAGAUAGAGGAGAACAGCCUCAAACAUGACAUCCCCUGCCACUCCAAGAGCAGACGAAACAAGAAAAAGAAGAUCCCUCUGAUGAAUGGAGAGGAGGUCGACAUGGAUCUGUCAGCUAUGGAUGCCGACUCUCCUCUCCUCUGGAUCCGGAUCGACCCAGACAUGUCCAUCCUGAGGAAGGUGGAGUUUGAACAGGCCGACUUCAUGUGGCAGUAUCAGCUACGCUAUGAGAGGGAUGUGGUUGCACAGGAGGAGGCUAUCUCAGCGCUGGAGAAGUUCCCAACUCCUGCCUCCAGACUGGCCCUGACUGACAUCCUGGAGCAAGAACAGUGUUUCUACAAAGUCCGCAUGCAGGCCUGCUUUUGUUUAGCCAGGAUAGCCAACGCCAUGGUGAGCACGUGGCAGGGCCCGCCAGCCAUGAAGUCCCUGUUCACCAGGAUGUUCUGCUGUAAGAGCUGCCCCAACAUCGUAAAGACCAACAGCUUCAUCAACUUCCAGAGCUACUUCCUGCAAAAGACGAUGCCAGUUGCCAUGGCAUUGCUCAGAGAUGUCCAGAACCUCUGUCCCAAAGACGUCCUCAACUUUAUCCUGGACCUCAUCAAGUACAACGACAACAGAAAAAACAAAUUUUCAGACAACUACUACCGUGCAGAACUGAUUGAAGCACUGACCAAUUCCCUGACCCCAGCCAUCAGCAUCAACAACGAGGUGCGGACAGUGGACAAUUUAAAUGGCGACGUCCGGCUCAUCCUGGAGGAGAUCACCCGAUUCCUCAACAUGGAGAAACUGCUGCCGAGCUUCAGAAACACCAUCACUGUCAGUUGUCUGAGAGCAAUCCGUCAGCUUCAGAAGAACGGCCACAUCCCCAGCGACCCUUUACUCUUCAAGUCCUACGCUGAGUACGGACACUUCGUAGAUGUUCGCAUUGCUGCCCUGGAGGCUCUGGUGGACUAUACAAGAGUUGAAAGAAGUGCAGCAGAGCUGCAGUGGCUGCUCAUCAUGGUGCAGAACGACCCGACUCAUUAUGUCAGACAUAAGAUCCUGGGGAUGCUAUGUAAGAAUCCACCGUUCACAAAGAUGACAGACUCGGCUCUGUGUAAUGAAGCGCUGGUCGACCAACUCUGGAAGCUCAUGAACUCAGGUACCUCACAUGACUGGCGGCUCCGAUGCGACGCUGUGAACCUCUACUACACACUGUUUGGUCUGACCCGUCCCUCCUGCCUGCCCCUGCCUGAACUGGGCCUCGUGCUCAACCUGAAGGAGAAGAAAGCUGUGCUCAACCCUACCAUCAAGCCCGAGCUCGGUGUCAGCACCGUCAUGGACACACCUGCCAGUAUAGGCAUCCACGGCGUUGGCAUGAGCUACGCAGCUGUGGAUGAAGAGCCAGAUCCUAUUUCAUUAGGGGUAUGCGGGGUGGGCCAACCACCUCAGGGCCUGAAGAGGAAGGCUGACACCCCACUGGGGUCCCCUCCAGAACCGGGACAGGUAUUGCAGCAACAGGAUGAUGAUGCAAGAGGAGGGCGCUACAAGAUCAGGUUUAACACCAUGGAAGAAGAAGAUAUUGAUAUGGAGACUGUUCAUGACAGUCAAGCCUUCAUCCACCAUCAUCUCAAUCUGUUAGAGAGACCCUCUACACCAGGUAAAGAGCCGCCGUCGGUCGAACAGUCUAUGCUCUCCAUGCCCGCCACGCCGGCGCCCUCCUUCUCUAAAGAGACCACCUCCUCAUCCUCUAAACAUGGCAGCGAGCACGGCCACCACCAUCACCACCACCACCACGAGCACAAGAAGAAGAAGAAGAAGCACAAACACAAACACAAGCACAAGCACAAACACGAAAGCAAAGACAAGGAGAAGGAGAGGGAGAGGGACAACUCGCACGCCUACAGCAACAGCCCCGCCAGCGGCAGGUCCUUGCGCUCGCCGUCUCUGUCUGACUAAACAUCUGGACAGAUGUUAACUGGAUACAUCCAUCUCACACUAGCAGACUCGGAUCCCUGUGUGACACUCAGUGGAAGAAAAAACGUUCGGUUUAUCUAAAUAUUCAUGACUCAGUGAUGAAUGAAUGACAAGGUAGGUUUGGUGUUCCUCAGCAGAAACAGCAACAGGAAACAUGGACUGUAAACCCUCCAGAGGCGUCCUUGUGCCUUGUGUGUCUCUCUCACACACACACACACACACACACACACACACACACACACACACACACAGCAUGCAGGAGUUUGUGGGCACUGCUUCCAGGCCGUCUGGGGCAUGAAACCACACACCUCUCUCCACAAACAGUCUCAGCCGACCUCGUACGCCCGUCCCUGCUGCACAGACACCACUGUGGUGUGUCUCGUCCCCACAGCUGAAUCCCAACAUUCAGUGAGUGGCUU